UUUCAACAUGUCGGAGGGGCUCAUUUGAAAUUCCCGCCCACCAGAAAUGGCUGUAACUCGAAGCGGUUCCGGUCGGCUGUCUGCUGGACUGUAAACAUACAACACGUACCGAUGCGGAAUGAGGAAUUUUUGUCUGGAAUUUCAUUGUGAUUAGUUUUGCUGGUUCUGCUCGAAAAUGUGUUUUUGAAAAACACUGACCGAAGUGGGUCGUCGUUCUAUUGACCAGAACAUCUGAGAGAUCAGCAUGGAAAAGGGACAACGUUCUUCCUUGUUAAGUUGUCCUGCAACACUGAAUUGGCAAGAAGCAAAAAUGAAGAUACCUUAACAUUACUGAGGUCUAGUCUGGGUAUCAUUUUAGACAGGUUUUAAGCAUGGAUGAGGGAACAUUAAAUGACUUGCUAGAGUGUUCUGUUUGCCUGGAACGGCUGGACACAUCUAGCAAGGUGUUACCAUGCCAACAUACGUUUUGCAAGAAGUGUUUAGAAGAAAUAGUCGUUACCAAAAAGGAACUUCGAUGUCCAGAGUGUCGUGUUUUAGUGGAGACAAGCAUCGAUGACCUCCCUCCCAAUGUGUUACUCAUGCGUAUCUUGGAGGGGAUGAGAAAUGCUGCUCCAAAAAGAAGAGGCACAGGAGCUCCUUCAAUAUAUCACCAGCGCUCCUACUCUCAACCAGUUGGUGGCACCAUCUUCCCAUACACUGUCGCUUCUGCUGUUCCUGCUGCUGUAACUCAACAUACACCUCUUGCACCUGAAGGUGUUCUAAGGUUUCACCCCAACAUUAAGCAGUUUCCACUUAUUCCACAAGCAUAUUAUGCUAGAGCUGUCUAUGACUAUGUCUCCAAAGAACCAGGGGACUUGAGUUUUAAGAAAGGUGACAUUAUUACAUUGAAGAAACAGGUAGAUCAUAAUUGGUACCAUGGUGAAAUUGGAGGAGUCCAUGGCGUAUUUCCCCUGUGCUAUGUUCAACUUAUGCCAGCUCCAACAAAUGUACCACAAUGUAGAGCUAUGUUUGACUUCAGAAUGGCAAAUGAUGAAGAGGAAGGCUGCUUGACAUUCCCCAGGGGGGAAAUAAUUACUGUGAUCCGAAGAGUUGAUGAAAACUGGGCUGAGGGGCGUUUGGGUGAUAGAGUCGGAAUUUUCCCCAUAGCAUUUGUUCAAAUGAAUGACGUUGCACGGGCCUUUAUGAAACUCUCUUCCAAUAUUCAACCUGGGCCUUCCCGACUAGCCCCUCCUACGCCAACAUCAGAGGAAACUACACCUCUGAUACCUACAGACCACAGUCAAGCUGCUGUUGCCCCUCAGCAACACCAACAGCAGCAGCAGCACCAGCAGCAACAUGUACAGCAACAACUGCAGUAUCAGCAGCAUCAACUGCAGCAACAACUUCAGCAGCAACCGCCGAUUCAACCACAGCAGCAACCACCACAGCAGCCACAGCAGCAGCCACCGCAGCAACUGGAGCAGCAACCACCACAACAGCAGCAGCCUUUGCAAGCCGCAGCACCAACCCAGGUUCAGCAUCAACCUGCCCUGCCAGCCCAAAUACUCCAGUCUCAAAAUCCAACUCAAAACUCUUCUCUGCCCCAGCCCGUCCAACAAAUUUCCCAUUCUCAACCUCAAUCCCUGUUUCAAACUCAACCUGCCCAGGUGUCCUCUGUACCAAAGCCCCCAACAAGUGUUGCUGCUAGUUUUAUCACUGAGUCAAGUUCCUCAACAUCUUCAAGCUCUACUACCCCAAACACUAGCAGCACCUCAUCGAGCUCCAGCUCCAGCACCACACCUUCAUCUCCGGCCUCUCCGCCACCAAGACCAACAGCAUGGAGUCCGAGACCUACCCGUUCAAGCUCAGGCACCAGUGGUUCACAUGAAAACAGCCAAUACAACCAGCAGAAGAGGCACAGCCUCACUGCGCUCCUUGCGGCUCCAGCCCAGCAGUCUUCAUCAAACAGGCACUCUGCGGAAGUUCUUGGUUCUGCUGACUUGUCGGAUACAAAUACUGAACCGCCUCUGAAUGGCGAAUUGGUUCGACAAGGCAGUGGCCGGCACCACCGCCGCUCGGGGAGCAGUGAAUUACCAUUGUCAAGUGUUGGGAGCGUUCCUCCCCCUUUGCCUCAAGGCAUCCACCCCUCUCUUGUCAACAACAGCAACCUUCCAGCAACCUACGUUGCCCUGUACCCAUACAAGCCUCAGAAAGCUGAUGAACUCGAACUGAGAAAGGGUGGUGUCUACACUGUCACUGAACGUUGCCAAGAUGGCUGGUUUAAGGGAACUUCAAACCGGACUCAGAAAAGUGGAGUUUUUCCUGGAAAUUAUGUUGCUUUUGUCAAGUCUGCCCCAGGAGCUCAGCAGCAGGUUCGGAGUGUCCCAAGAGGUGGCGUGAAUGCCAACACUCCGACUCGAUCUGCCAGUAGCGGUGCAGUCUCUCCUCAAGCCAGUGCUGCUGCUGCUUCUUCGUCCACUACUUCCCCCUCCCCUGUUAGUUACACAAGGGAGCGGAAACCUAACAGCUCAUCCCCACAGACAUCUAAUCUUCGUCAUCAAGCAACUGGAUCAGAUCCCCCUUCAUUACCUCCUCGCUCAGUUAGCCCUGCUCAGAGUUCCACCACAGCAAAUGCUGUGUCCUGGCACCCUCAUCCCAGUAAUCUAACUGCAACUGAUGCCACUCGAACAACUCCUUCAACUUCACCUCAAGCUCCUGCCCAAGGGACUCAAAGUAGCCCUCAAACGUCUCAAAGCUCAGUUUCCCCUAGCAGUGCAUCGGCUGCUCCAUCAACAACACCUUUGGGUACACCACUAAAAACAUCUUCCGAAAAGGUGAAAGAGAAGAAGGAGCGCGGCAGUGUCAGCCUUAUGCGACGGCUCACCAAUAUGAAAAAGUCCAAAUCACCCCCUCCUCCAUAUUCCAUGGACAAUCCGGUGUUCGAAGAUGGUUCUGUUUUUGGCACACCUUCACACAGUGUCCACCCUGCUCAUCCUAUCCAUGUUAGGUCGGGUUCAUGUCCAAGCCAACUCCUUCAGCUUCCUCAGCCUGAGUCCCUCCCUCAACAAUCUCAACCACAGCAUCAUCGCGCAGUGGCUGCUGCUGCUGCAGGAGCAGGGGCAGGAGGUUCUCAGCGGCUUCGCCAUAAAGAUCGCCCGAAUGUAGUAGUGUCAAAUUUUGCACUCAGUGGAAGGUCAGGGGAUGGAGUUGCUGCUUCUGCUUCCUCACAGGCAACUGGUAGUCACCAUCGAAAAUCGAACUCUCUUGAUGCCGGCAGUGGUCACAGCACCAGCUCCAACGGUCACAGCACUCACAGCAGCAACACUCCACAUGGAUCAAGCCAUGGAGAAUCCAGCCGAAAAUCCAAACAACUCGUUCAACCAGCUCGCGAGCGUUUUCGCUGUGUUGUUGCCUAUCCACCUCACUCAGAGUAUGAACUUGAACUCCGUGUCGGUGAUGUUAUCUAUGUUCAUCGUAAAAGAGAGGAUGGAUGGUAUAAAGGGACUCAACAACGCACUGGCCGAACAGGACUCUUUCCAGCCAGCUUUGUUGAAGCUUUCUGAGACACCGCUUCCGCUCCCUGCAUGUUUGAGACCUGCAUCUAAUAGUAAAUUCUGGGGGCGGAUUAAAAUUGACCUCUGGUAGUCUUUUUAAGCCUCUCUGAAUGCCUAAUACUGUUUUUUAAGAGGAGUUUGCUUCUAGAUUGUUAAUGCAGUUCUGGGCAGUGGUUUUCAGUUAUCAAAUACCUGUUGUCAUAAACCUGUGAUAUUGUUAUACUAUUGCUAUUGUAGACUGUGAACCUAACACAAUACGAAUAGCUUAGAGUGCUGCAUGCAAAGCACUUAAUUCAUACUAACUGAUUUGACUGUGGCAAACAAAAUCAGAAGCUCUUAUUGAUCAAUUUACCAAGAUAAUCACUUAAUCAUUUAUGGUGCACCUUGCCAGCUUGUGUGUUCAAUCUAGGUCUUGACCGUAUUUACUUGCCCUUUAAAUUAAGAUAUUAAGCAAACAAAUUACCUUCUUUGGUCAUCAUUGACAGUUUUUUUUUUUUUUUUAAAUGCGUAUCUUCUAGUAUUGUGUUGCAUGUAUCCUCUAAAUAUAGUAAAAAUGUUUUACUCUGUCAUUCACAUAUUGAGAAGAAAAUCUAGUUGUAUGCGUAUUUUAUCUGGCAAUGAAUGAAGUGAGCAAAAAAAAUUUGGCAAGCGCAUGAUAUAUUCCAAUUGAACUUAAUUGUUGUAAAUAUAUGAUUCUUGUUUUAGUUUUUGUGGAAGUAAGAAUUACCAUCUUCAACUUGCUUGUAACUGGUACUUGUUUAUAUUGUACCGUUAUGACAUUUUGAUUUUGUUACUUACUUUUGGAUUGCACUGAUAUAUUCUGCCAUAUUAAGAACAUUUGCUCCACUUGGUUUGUUUAGGUUUAGUGUAGGUAGGUAGACUUAUUAAUGACUUACACUUUUACAAAUUUG